UAAUAGAUUAUACAGCUUUUAUAAAAGAGACACAACACAACCGCCUGUGUCAUUCAGGCAGCCCUCACACCGACAUAGUGUUUUGUUGCCCUGUGAACAACAAAAACACCAAUGCUACACACAUUGAACACCAACGCGAACUUACAGGAAAAUAUAGAUCUAGUUGGAAAAAUGGAGAGUAAAGUUCCUGAGGCAACCCUUAAUUCAAGUGAUAAAUCAAUUCCUCUUAUAGGUUUUGGAACUGCUGAAUUCCCUUUUGGUGCGUCAUCUGAGACCAUGAAAGACUCGAUUCUUCAUGCAUUAAAACUUGGUUAUAGACACUUUGAUUCUGCUUCUCUGUACCAGUCUGAGCAACAUCUUGGCCAAGCAAUAUCAGAUGCCCUGCACCAUGGCCUAAUAAGCUCUCGAGACGAGCUCUUUAUCACAUCCAAGCUUUGGUUGAGCGACGCUCAUCAUGACCAUGUCCUCCCUGCCCUACAAAAAACUCUCAAGAAUCUUAAACUAGAGUACUUGGACUUGUACCUGAUUCACUGGCCUGUGAGCUUGAAGCCAGGUGAACCUGAGCUUCCGGUUAAGAGAGAGGAUCUUCUUCCGAUGGAUUUCAAGUCGGUGUGGGAAGCUAUGGAACAGUGUCAAAAACUUGGCCUGACAAAAUCCAUUGGAGUGAGCAACUUUUCAAUCAAGAAGCUUGAGAUCCUGCUAGCUACAGCAAAGAUAAUUCCUGCCGUUAAUCAAGUGGAGAUGAACCCACUCUGGCAACAAAAGAAGCUGAGAACAUUCUGUCAGCAGAAGGGCAUACAUGUAAGUGCUUACUCUCCUUUGGGUGGCAAAGGAACGCUCUGGGGCACAAACCUUGUCAUGGAUUGUAAGGUCCUCAAAGAAAUUGCAGAUACGACAGGAAAAACUAUUGCCCAGGUGUGUAUAAGAUGGGCAUAUGAGCAAGGGGUAAGCGUGUUGGUGAAGAGCUUCAACAAGGAGAGGAUGAAGGAAAAUCUUGGCAUAUUUGACUGGAAACUAAGCCAAGAUGAAAUAGACAAGAUAAAUCAAAUUCCACAACGCAAAGGAUUUCCUGCUCUGGAAUUCGUCUCCGAUGAAGGCCCAUUUAAGUCUCCUAAUGACCUCUGGGAUGAAGACAUUCAGUUGUCCUAAGUAGAAACGAAUUAUUCAGUUAUCCCUAAUAAGGAUGUCACGCGCUUCCUCUUCACAUGUUGUUGCUUAUCUUGGUUCAUCUUUAAACAGUAAUAAGUCAAACCCAAUUUAGCCAAAAUCCUAAAGUAUCUUCGCCAAACUCUUGUCAUUUUUAUGUUAAGAUGUUAAAAGUGCCAAAAGGCGUUUUCCCAA